UACUCGGAACCUUCGUCGAAACGAACAAGUAGCCGUCAGUCUAGAUCGGUUCUAUUCAUCGUUCUCACGUGUGUGCCCUUUGUUGAAAAUUUCUGUCAAGGUUAAUGCUGGAUUUUCUAGUUACGAUUUUGAUCUCGUAUAUUCUUGUCGGUGAUCAAAAUUCCGAAGGAAAUCGCGGGGGUGGUGGUUUGAUUGUUCAUUCGACUGGUUGCUCAGUUGGUCUGCGGUUUCGGCUCCGUUGUUGGUUCAGGUAGAACCGAGGUAGCAAAAUCGUGAGGCUUAAUUGCCUAAAAAUUUCGUUGUUAAUGGCAAUCUAAGUCCAACGGAAAAAUAUCGUCUACGAAAUCAAAUAUGAAAUUCAAUUAAGUAUUAGCUUAUGCAACGCUACCGUUCCGAACUCGAAACAUGUGUGUAUUAAAGUUUUAAUUCAAUCGUAUAAUGCAGUCCAUUUAUUGGACUGGGAGGCUGUUGUCCCGAGCGAUAUGGAAUGGAAUAUCAAAUUAUUCAGCCUGCGCUGAUCCCACUGUCAAUAAACGACGUGAAGCAUCAUUCGUUUCAGCAGUAUGUGGUUUUCCAAAGGACUUUGCUCGUGGUAGAAUACGCAAAGGACAAUUUGGGGAUGAUGCAUGGUUCAAUGCUAAAUUCAAGACUGUCGAAGUACUAGGUGUUGCGGAUGGUGUGGGUGGAUGGAGACAUUAUGGGAUCGACCCAGGAGAAUUUUCAAAUUUUCUUAUGAAAACCUGCGAGAGGCUAGUAACAAUGGGAAGAUUCACUCCAUCAGAACCUGCAGGAUUAUUGGCACGUAGUUAUUACGAAUUAUUGGAAAACAAACAACCCAUACUAGGAAGUAGUACCGCCUGCGUCAUUAUAUUAAAUAAAGAAACGAGCAGCAUUUAUGCAGCCAAUAUUGGAGAUAGCGGAUUUGUAGUUGUUAGGAGAGGUGAAGUAGUUCAUCGUUCAUCGGAGCAACAACAUUACUUCAACACUCCAUUUCAAUUAUCGUUACCACCUCCUGGUCACAGCGGGCUAGUACUGAGUGACAGGCCAGAGGCUGCUGACACCUCCAGCUUUGGUGUUGAAGAUGGAGAUGUUAUUCUUCUAGCCACUGAUGGUGUAUUCGAUAACGUACCUGACCAACUGUUAGUCACAGAAAUGCGGAAGGUUCAAGGAGAACGUGAUCCAACCAAAUUACAGGGUGUUGCUAACUCAAUAGCCUGGAUGGCUCGUAGUCUCGCAUUCGAUGGGGCUUUUAUGUCACCGUUUGCUCAAAGUGCCAGAGAAAAUGGAAUAGAUGCUACAGGUGGUAAACCUGAUGAUAUCACGGUGCUUUUAGCAACAGUGGCAAUAUAAAUGAAAAUGUGUAAAAUAGAGCCCCCGAUCAUUGUAUUAUAGUCCAUGUCAUUGCAUAAAUGUAUUUAGUUGCACAUCAUUCUACCCCACGAUUAUGAACAAUUAUUAUUUAAAUCAAAAUAAAUGAUUCUUUCAAUCAUGA